GUUCUUUGGGCUCAAAGAUCCCACGACUCGAUUCCAGACAAAAACUUGCUCUAUUUGACAAUCAAUGUGGCCGAUGUGGAGAAGCCAGAGAUCACGCUGAGUGCCACCGAGUUGAAGUUCGAAGGCAAGUCGGGCGACAAACACUAUAAGCUGGACAUUGAGUUCUACGACGAGAUUGACGAAAAGAAGUCGAAGUACCAGAUCACGGGAUCCCACAUCUUCUUUGUUCUGUACAAGAAGAAGCUCAAUGCCGAGUUCUGGCCUAGACUGACAAAGCUGAAGGUGAAGCAACACUACAUAAAGACCGAUUUCGACAAGUGGGUUGACGAGGACGAGCAGGACGAGAAAGAUGACGACCUGCAGAACUCGAUGGGCGACCUGGGCAAUGCCUUCGGCGACGAGUCGAUCGACUUUGCCAAGCUUGCGGCCGAGAGCGGCGGC